GUCAAUUUGAUCCCGCUCGACAUUAUUCUCGGUUUGCAACCAGCGUACUGGCCCUUGAAACGGAUCCCCGGACGUCAUCUCAUUGGGAUAAGUCUCAUAUGCAUCUUGAUCCCCAACUUCGAGCCUUCUGAUGCCUUUCUGGAAGUUACCAUGGCCUCUUCAAGAGAAGAGCUCCUUUCCCAGCACUAUCUACGGCAACUGAGCAUCGAUGACUAUCAAAGGUCUUUGAGUCACCAUCAUCGGCGAGUUGAAGGCGAAGGCUCUUUCCACCAUCAUCCUUCGUUCCAGUCAUAUGAACCAAGGCACACAGAGGAACCACAGUCGUCACUCGAUGAGCCAGUUCCACUCCAAAAUGAUCCACAACAACAAUUGCCUACAAACACCAAAUGACUGCAAUCAAGCCC